UCCAAAGCCAGUUUAAGUCCAGCUGGUCCUACCUGCAGAUCACUGUACCAUGUGCUACUUGGCAAACGUGUUUAGGAUGUGGGUGGAGAUUGGUAACUUGCCAUUGUCCUUUAGACUCCUGGUGCUGGUACCUCCUCUCAUGAUGCAACUCCUGGUUUUGCUGACAUUUUGACCAAGAGAUGGAAGACACCGAUAAUGCCGUCGUCGAGGCCGACCUUAGAGUUUCGGACUGUGUCGUGGCUAACUAUGCCACUCCAAGCAGAGACAGUUGUAGCCCACCCAAGACAGGAGCAAGCCUCAAUUCUGCAUGCAAUAGAGAGGAGGAAGGACUGUGGAGUUGUGAACCAGCAAUGGGCGAAGGAAGUGACCAACAUUCAGGGAGCAGGGGGAAUCAAAGCUGGGAUUGCCCAGAAUCCACAUCUUCUGAUUCGGAUGACUACAUUUCCGAUUUUGACAAUAUGCUGUCUGAUGAGGAAUUAACUGGAGAACACGACUAUCUCAGGUCCCUGUUGCAGAUCAUUGGGGAACCUCCCCCAUUUCAGUAUUACAGGGAGUUUGAGAAUGCUAUGAAUAGUCCUGGAAUAAAGAGUUCUUUCUCAUACCUGCAUACUGAAGGAGAGGGAGAGACAGUCCACGAUCGGUUUUCUCCGUUGUCAUCGGACAGAGAUAAAUCCUCAUCAUUUAACAACGUUGGAGAUGCAGGCACAUCCAGUUCAGGGAACGUUUCCCAGUACAGAAAGGUGACCCAUUCAGGUGUUGUUGCUCCAUUCUCCAAUAGGACUCUAUCACACCCAUCUUUUCACUCCUUUUAUGCUGCUGUUUCAUCUCAGCAGUCACAGAGCUUCCUUGCUGAACUCGAUGACUCCAGAUUUAAGAACAAAGAUUCCACAGAUUCCCACUCUAAGCCUGACCUCACAAUAAAAUCUGAAGCCAGCAUCCUCCGUUCCCAAGAGAUUCACAUGCCUGCCAUCCAUCAAUGUGAGUUUUUCUACACUGACCCAAUGCUGCCAUCUGGUUAUCGGGUUUACAAUCAUCUUUCACUUCCCACACGCCAGGUGCUUCAAGGUUUACGGCUCAACACUCCUUCGCCCAUCAUGUCUGCAAGUGUGGCUCCACCAAGCGUCCAGAGAGACAAUUGCACUCCAGUCAGUCAUGCUUCUCACUCUCUGGAUAGAUGCCAAGAACAGAACCGCCCUGUAUCUAAAGCAGAAUGUGAUGCCAUCAGCACCUUGCUGGACCUUAGCCAGUUUGAGCACAUUGAUAACACAAGGACAGGAACCAUGCAUUGCACACCGAAGAACAAAUGUGUUCACCAGUCAGAGGAUCAUGAGGAUGUAGGAACAGAUGGUGUUAAGUUACCACCCAACCCAGGAGACUCUAGUAUAAAGGACUGUGCUGACCCCAAACAAAAACACCACCUGUUUCUUAACAACUGGAGUAAGACCUCAAUGGAAUCUUCUCCAACCACAGAGCUUUAUAAAAUCAAACACCUAGCUGAGCCUAAAUGUGAACACUCCCCUGGACAUCUUAAAUAUACUGAUUCCACUAAAGCAUCCACAAAAUCUGAAGGUAGACCAUCAAUCACUUCCUCGGACACCAAGAUUAGAACUGAAAAGUCGCUAUGUAUCGGGAGAGAACCUGUAGACUUUGGCACAAUGCCCACAGAGGUUGCUCAGGAAAAUGAAGUCAGCAGUUGUGACUUCCCUACUUAGUACAGCCACGUCAAAGCAUGAGGAUCUUGUAAAAGAAGUUGGGCCACAAAUAGAUACUUGUUAACAGUUAUCAAGCCCAAAUAGGACAGCAAUGGCAGACAGAGGAAAAGGAUCGUCAGCCAAAGAUUUUACCCCACGUUGACAAUAGUUUUAAUUCAACUGUAGAAACUCAACAUGGUAAAGUUCAUUCUGCCCAGCUUGUCAAGUUGUCCCUCACAGCUCCCACGUGAGUAUUAGUCAGGAGAAGAUGGAACAGCUAUAUUCAGAAUUAAUCUGUGACACAGCUGGGAUGUAUUAAAAUUGAGAUCUUUCAGAAGGGAUCGGGUACAAAAUGCAGUAGUUGGUAAAGUAUAAUUGCACUGAAAUAAAUUCUACUGGCUUAAUGCCUGAGAAUUUAAUAUUCAUGAAAGGAAAUGGAUCAGUAAGUGAAAAUUAAAUGGUCAGUAGAAAUUAUUAAUGGUAUUGAGUUCUGUUUUUAGAGUUUACGUCCCUGAGGAAUGUGAAGCAGUGGGCUAUUGGUUUUGAAUUACCUUGACUUGAGUUAGUUAGGCUCUUUUUGAAUGGGCUGCGUAAGCAAUAGUGAGCAGAUGAACAGCAACGCACAAGUUUCUAGCAACAGAGCUACAUAACAAUGUGGAAAAAACACCAGGACUUCACCAAUGGAAUCUAGGGAAGUCUUGAAUCCAUGUUUGUGUGAGCUACAUUGGAUUACGAUCCAAAGUUUUAACAUGCUGAAGAGUUCAGAUGACUUCAAAAAUCAUUUUGAAUUGAGGGAUUUUGUAAACUUGGAAGUUUAUUCAAGGUUAAACUGUGGAUGGAGGAAGUGUUGAAGUAAAUAGUGCCAACAUUUGGUGCAAAGCAUUUGUAAUGUUAAGAUUACCAGGCGAAACAUCCCUGUGGUCCAGAUCACUGAACUGCAGGUUUUAAACAAAAUUGGACAAAAGAAUGGAACAUAUUUCCCAAAAUACUAGUUGUUCUGCAAAAUUAUUUUAAUAAAAAUGGAAUUUCAAUCCUUUAGCCAUGGUAAACCAACUGCAAUAUUGAUGAGAUUUAAUUUUGUGUUAAUUGUGCAGGUACUUUAUUCAUAUAACAAAUCUGUUUACAAGACAUAACAUCAGAGCUUCCAAAGAUCCCAAGCAAGGCCACAAGCUAAAAUUUUGGAAUUGCAAGAUCCAAAGCAAAAUGGUGUGGAGUUCAGAUCAAGUUACAAUAGCUCCUGUUCCCACAGGAUGUCAUUCAGUUCUUACUGAGGGAUUGCAACAAUUUUCAACUGAAAUUGGGUCACAGUUUGCAGGGGUGGCUUGUUUAGCAUAACAUUACAUUCUUCAGUCACACGUCUGCAAUUUUGCAUUAUAAUCUCAGGAUCAUGCAAGUGAUGUUAAAUUUUUGAUUCAUGCUUCUCAAUGUUGGGCAGUAAGGCUACAGGGAGAAACGAUAAUAUUGAGAGAUUUAUGCCUGACAAAUAUUUCAUUCCAUUUACAAAAUAGAUUUUUUUUGAUGUAAAUGUUUGCAUCUUUUAUGUAGUGUAUAAGUCAGAGGAUUCAUGAGGAAACAAUGCUAAGCAUAAGCACACACAGCAGCAAGUGGGGAGUAUGGAUAAUUCCAACUACUCACCCUCCUCAAUUAUCCAGGCUGAGGAUCAGCACUGAUGCAGACUGGUUUAACCACAGCAGUGGCUGGAGUUUUCAGUGUUGGUAUAAGACUUGAACUUGGGCUUUCCAGCUCAGACGGGAGCGCAACCAAUUGUGUAACCUAGGUUCCCUUGGUAUUGUUACACAUAGAGAGUGUAAAACUAAACAUGAAUGUGUAUUGUUUUGACUUUACCCAUGGAAUGCAAGUGAAAUCUCAUCUCUCAUAUUAUGGCUAUGCAGAACCCUUUGCACAUUUAGGAGUAACAAGUUUGCAAGUUGAGACCAAUCAGUUUGACAAUGAUCAGUAUCUACAAAUAAACAUAUUUAAACUUAUUGACAACGCAAUUUUAUUUUGUCCUUCUGGUUCUUUUCACCGUUGUGCUAACUCAUGUCAUAGUCCUUAUAGGUCCAGGAUACCUUUCACAAUCUCAAACGGUCACUCGCAGUCAUGGCUAAUAAGUGUUGAUAGGUACUUGACUGAAGUAUCAAGUGCAGUUAAGCCUGAUCCUGUCCCAGAAGUGCAAGUUACAACCAGACACCAAGAGAAGGUAGAACCUUGUCUCUUAAGUUCUAAUCAGAGUCACUGCAUCCCCAUUCAAGGAUAGGUGGGUUUGCAGACAAAUGGCAACUCAGGUUAGCAGCUGCUAAGAUUCGAGAGCAUGCAAAUAGAAGGUGGCAGGAAUGUGAUUUUGAGACUCUAACAACAAAGGAUGAACAAGAAGUUUCUGCAUAGAUAGAAUAAGUAGCUAGGACCUCAAAGGUAUUCAUCUCUA